AUGUCAGAUAAACGCCAGCGUGCCAGGGUGCAGGGAUCCUGGGCCAAACAGCUGCCCAAACAACCGAGACCAGCAGGAUCGCUGCCAACCUCUCCUAGUCAAAAUGUAUUGGACGUCCAUGCCAAUCCAGUUGUAGCAUCAUGGGGAGUUCAUACAAAGAGGACCCCUGGGAAUUUUGAGUUCCAACAGCCCAUUAAGCAAGUUAGAGAGGUUCCACCAGAGAAGGUUAUUGACCAGGCAGGUGAUUAUGAGAUCAGCCAUGGGCCGUCAGGAGUGUCCAGACUGAGGCUGCUACCAGGGUUUCUUCCAGCACAAGAGGCUGACUGGAUGUUCAGUAAACUUCUUGCAGAGCUUCCCUGGUCACAAAAGACAAAUUUUAGACAAGGUGAGGCCUACUCAGAACCAAGGUUGACCUGCUGGUUUGGAGAGUUACCCUACACAUAUGCUCGCUCCACUAUGGCUGCCAAUACAAAGUGGCAUCCGUUGCUGCUGAGCCUUCGCCGAGCGGUCGCUGAGGCAAGCGGCGGAGGAGACGACUGCUUCAACUCGCUGCUCUGCAACCUCUACAGAGACGGACACGACAGCAUCGGCUGGCACAGUGAUGACGAGGCCUCGCUGGGCCGCCAGCCCGUCAUCGCUUCGAUCAGUCUGGGCGACAACAGAGUGUUCAGUCUCCGCAAAAAACCGCCGCCGGAAGAAAAUGGUGACUACACUUAUAUGGAGUGUAUUAAAAUUCCUUUGAGUCAUGGCACACUGCUUUUCAUGGAAGGUGCCACACAAGAUGAUUGGCAGCAUCAGGUGGCUAAGGAGUAUCAUGACCGUGGCCCUCGCAUCAACUUGACCUUCAGAAGAACAUUCCCUGAGCCGCAGGGCCACCGACCGGGCACUAAAUUGCGUUUUACUACUAAGCAGACAUGA